UUUUCUUGCUCUCCUUAUUUGCUUCAUAAAAAGAGAGACAAGGAGCUGGUGCUCUCGCGCGCGCUCUCGCUCGCUCUCUCUCUCUCCCUCUCCUGUGAGAAGCUUUUGGGAGCCUUUAUUUUUAGUAUGAGACAAACCUUGCUUUAUUUCAGGAGACACCAGUUGGAUUAUAAAUCCUUUUGUAAAUGUGUAUGGUGAUAUUUGCUCCGCUUUUUGCAAUCUUUGCAUUUGCAACAUGCGGUGGGUACUCUGGAGGGCUGCGCCUCAGUGUGGACUGUGCCAACAAGUCGGAGAGUGACCUCAACAUCGACAUAGCCUUUGCCUACCCGUUCAGGUUGCACCAGGUGAAUUUCGAUGCUCCCACUUGUGAAGGCAGACGCCGAGAAAAGCUCUCCUUAAUCGGGGACUUCUCCUCCUCGGCGGAGUUCUUCGUCACCAUUGCAGUCUUCGCCUUCCUCUACUCGCUGGCAGCCACCGUCGUUUAUAUCUUCUUCCAGAACAAGUACCGUGAGAACAACCGGGGGCCUCUAAUUGAUUUCAUUGUGACCGUGGUCUUCUCCUUCUUGUGGCUCGUGGGCUCAUCUGCUUGGGCGAAGGGACUGUCGGAUGUGAAAAUUGCGACGGAUCCUGAUGAAGUUCUAUUACUGAUGUCAGCCUGCAAACAGCAGUCCAACAAAUGCUUGCCUGUCCGCAGCCCGGUUAUGUCGAGCCUGAACACUUCGGUUGUCUUUGGAUUCUUGAACUUUAUCCUCUGGGCAGGCAACAUUUGGUUCGUCUUUAAGGAGACGGGUUGGCAUUCGUCAGGCCAGCGGCACCCCGCGGACACCAUGGAGAAGCAGUCCAGCAGCUACAGCCAGGGCGGCUACAACCAGGACAGCUACGGGCCCACAGGUGGCUACAACCAGCCCAGCACCUAUGGCCAGGUGGGUGAGUAUGGCCAGCAGCAGGGCUACGGCCAGGGCGGCCCGACCUCCUUCGCCAACCAAAUCUAGCACAGCCCUCACGCGUAGAGAGUUUCGCAGGUCUCUGUUUCAGUGGUGCCAGGCUUUUUGGGGG